AUGGCUGUGGAGAUAGUCUAUGCCGAUCUGAACCUCGACUCUGGGUUUCCUGUCUCCAGGGCGCCCCUUUCAGCUCAGCCCCACAGUCCCCAGAGUCCCCGGUGGCAUCGGACAGCGCUGUGGGUCGGAUGGAUUGGGAAUAUUGUCCUGGUGAUUGCAGUGAUAGCGCUGGGGAUUUGGGUAUCCCACUUGGUGUCUGAGAAGGGACAGACCCUGGCAGCCCCUGGGAGCGAAGGAGCCGGGAGCAGAGCUACAGCGACACCCCCUGGGAGCGCAGACACCUGCACGGCAGAAUGCAGCGCCCGCCUGGAGCGUUUCCGAUCCCAGUUGUGCCACCCGGCCCCGCCCGGCCCAGCAGAGGGCUCUGGGUGCAAACUCUGCCCCACCGACUGGUGGCUACGUGGGGACAAGUGCUACUGGGUCUCCAGAGGAGGUGAAAUGUGGAGCGAGAGCCCCGCAGACUGCUCAGCGAGGGGCUCCCAGCUGCUGGUGAUCCGGGACCCCAAGAAGCUGGAGUUCACACAGAAUCUUACAGGAAAUCAAAUUCCGGUGUGGAUUGGACUCAACAUCACAUCCCCAGGGAGGAAGUGGACCUGGGUGGAUGGUUCCCCAUUAAAUCAAACGCUAUUCACGGUAUCCGGUCCUGCUGAAGAGAACAGCUGUGCUGCAAUACAGAAGAAUCAGAUCCAGUCUGACAUCUGCACCACUGACUAUAUAUGGAUUUGCCAGAAGGAAGCUGUGCUCAUUUAA